GUACUAGUUAUAUUUAUAAUUGAUUUUGUUUUUUCUUGACUUUAAUUUCAUAGAGCUCAUUUGCCCGAUGGUUUGUCAUGUUCACAUUGUGUAUUACAAUGGCGUUAUCAUGCUGGAAAUAGUUGGGGUAUAGAUAUUGAGACAGGAAAAUCAUGUCUUGGUUGUGGUCAUCAAGAAGAAUUUUACAAUUGUGCUGAUAUUAGUAUUGCUCCUGAGGAUAAUAAUUUAUUAUUAUCUUCAUCAACAACAACAACUACUACAACAACACAUGAACCAUUAUUUGUUUUUCCAUAUUUUGAUUCGUUUGUUUUUCCUUCGGGCAUCGAACAUUUCCCUAUGUUUGCCUAUCCAACCACAACUACCACUGAACCGACGACGACGACGACGACGACUAUAGCAACGACGAUGCAUGCUAUAUUUCCACUUCAUCCAUCAAAAGAAUAUCUUAAUCAAAUAAAUAAAAAUAAUAAAACACGUCGUUGUUAUCCAACUAAUGAAGUUCUUAAACCAAUAGUUGGUAUCGAACAUUGGUGUUUGCAUUUAUGUGCUGUACAUUGUCCACCGACAUUAUGUGCUUGUGUUCAAAUUUAA